GACCGUUUCAAAAUAUUUUUUUUGGUUUGAUUCAUUCUGGUUUUAGGUCUUACACUGUCUGAAAACCAUUAUAAAUAGACAUCUCACCCUCAUUCACUUUCCAAUAUAUACAACAAACCCUCUUCACCUAGCUAGCUUUAGUUUGUAGUACUCCUUAUAUGCCUUAUAUGCCUUUGAGCCCUUCACAUAACAACAUCAUAGCCCCUUCUUGUUAGUGUGAAAACGAGAAAUGGGAUCAGGAACUUCUCCCUGUGCUUCCUGCAAGUUGUUGAGGCGCCGGUGCGCCAAAGACUGCAUUUUCGCCCCCUACUUCCCUCCUGAUGAUCCUCAGAAGUUCGCCAUGGUUCAUAAGGUUUUUGGUGCAAGCAACGUUAGCAAGAUGUUACAGGAGCUACCUGUUCAGCAGAGGGGAGAUGCAGUAAGCAGUUUAGUAUACGAAGCAAAUGCAAGAAUGAGAGACCCGGUUUACGGCUGUGUCGGUGCGAUUUCUUACUUGCAGAAUCAGGUUUCUCAGUUACAAAUGCAGUUGGCAGUGGCUCAAGCAGAGAUUUUGUGCAUUCAGAUGCAGCAGCAGGAGCCACCAACCAGUACUACUGCUUUACCUACAAAUCAUCAUCAUCAUCAUCAUCAUAACCAACUGCUUGACAUUCCAGAUGAUAAAUCUCUCCUUUUAUCCACUGCUGCUAACUUCAAUAACCUACAACAGUACCUUAGUUUCGCAGCUAAUUCCUCCACCAAUGUAAUGCAAGACCCUCUUAAGAGAGAGUCUCUUUGGACAUAA